AUAUUCGCCCUUAACUCAGGUCUAUCCCUCAGGUGCUUUGCCAAUGUGCUGAUACGUUCGAAAAUCCAACGAAGCUGGUCACUGUUCGACACAAUAGUGCUCGAAAUCUCCCCUGUGGCUCCUCUGCUACGACCUCCCCCACUUGGUCACGCAACACCAUGGAUCUCGCAUACGACCACAUAGCCGAACAGACAUUCACGCCGGGCGACCGCGCCACAACACCGACACCCGCCGCUCCAAAUGCGACAUCAGCAACAGCAGGCUCUUCCACACCUAAAGCCAGCACCCUCCAGACCGAGUUCCAAGAGACGGUCAAAGUCUUUAGCAAUACCGCGUGGGGAGCGCGACUGGGCGGGUUCUGGGGCAAUGUGAGAAAACAAGGGGAGACUGUGUACGAGGAGGCGCGGAAAGAGGCGGCCGAGAUGGUGAAUGAAGUCGAGGCGUUGAGGACGAAGGUGGUGGGGUUAGGAUUCAAUAUCAAUGCAAAAGAUGGCGAGGCGGGAACAGCUUCGGGUUCGGCUGCAGAUGAAGUUGAGAGGGAGAAGAAACCGACAACAGAAGGCGAGGCGGGAGCGAGCGAGACCGAGCACAACAAAACAGACCAAGAGACUGAGACGUUCCUUGAGCGGUUCAAGCACGAGGCUGCGAAACGUCUUAAGGAGGUGCAGCGAGCUGAGGAUGCCGCAGAUGAGGCGUUGUUGAGAUUUGGCACAAAUAUUCGGAAUUUUCUUCGCGAUGCUGUGAGUGUGUCGGCGCCGGAGGAUGACGAGAAGCAGCAGUCUGGUGAAGUGCUCUUCGAGAGUCGAGAUCAGUCGGGCAAGCGGGUGAUCCAUACGAGCCGGUUCGAUGCGCAGUUGCAUGUCAUUCAUACCACACUCGCCAGUUUUACGGAAGAUCCCAGCACGAAUGGUGGGCAGUGGGAAGAGUUUAAGAAGGGGUUCGAUGUGGAGAAGAUGACGGGCAGGAUUGCGGGUGAUCUAGAGCGAUAUGUCGAGUUGAGGCAGGCGAUGGAGAAAUUGGUGCCGGAGAGUGUUGAGUAUAAGGACUUCUGGGCGCGGUAUUACUUUCUCCGGCAUGUGGUUGAGGUGCAGGAGGAGAAGAGGCGCGAGUUGUUGAAAGCGUCGACAAACGUUACAGAGGAAGUCGGUUGGGAUGAGGACUCGGACGACGAACAGGAGCGAAGGACGGCACAAGCGCCCAAAGUCCUAGUUGCGCAGAACACGAACGACAGCUCGACUACAUUGCAUCAGACGCCGCCGCCCCCACAAGACCCAAGUUCUCUGAAGCCGGAGGGCCAGGGACGGAGAUCGCACGAUGAAAAGUCCGUGGCGGACAGUGAUGCGAGUUAUGACCUUGUCAGUGGAGCGACGAGUCGAGCGCCGGGAAGUCCCAAGGACGAUGUGGGCAAGAGCCCCGGAAAGAUUGAUGAGAGUGAUGAGGAGGAUUGGGAGUGAUAAGGAGAUAUGGCCGGUGCAGUGGCAACGGGAGACAAGGCCUGGCGUUCGUGGUUUCGGGUUCUUGAGUGUGAGACUAUCAGGACGGAGAUGCAGACGAGGAUGUGAGAUAUUUGAUACCCCCUACAUUUUCCUUCAUGAUGAAUUCAUGACGUUGCGCACUUA